AUGCAGCAUGGUACGACCGAUACCAGAACACUUGUGCAGGAAAGCGAUGUUGGAGACAGGGUGCCUUUGCAAGACUUGCCCGGACGAUUUGCAUCUGCUUUCACGGCAAAGGAGACUGCUCAUGUCGACUCCAUCAUGUCGAGACUUGAGACGAUGAGCUCGGAGGACUGGCAGCGGCUUCUCAGGACUGGUCAGGGCUGCCAUGAUCUUCUCCUCAUGGUCCACACAGUGGUUCUGCAGGGCAGGCGAGACGCACGCUGGAAGGACGAGGGGAGCACUGCUCUCGAACUUCUUGGCGACUACUUGGACCUCGUCGUGGUACCUAUGGUACUGAAGCGAACGACUUUGAGAGAAGAAGCAAUGCAAUGUCCUUGUGGACGCUGCAGCAACGCUUUGCAGGCCAUUCACCACUUACAAGACAGAUCGAUCCUCACGCACCUGCACGAGGCCGAUGCCUCGUCCUUCCUGAGCUUCCAUCUCGAAGAGGCAGCCGCCUCCCCCUUCUUGUCGGGUGCAGAGUCGUCCGAGAAGAUCUCUGUGGCUGCUGCGGCUGCCGGCAGCCUGGCAGUGCUGGCCGCUUCCGCCAGACUUCAGGAGAACAGCAGCCUCUACACGGUCCCGCCAGGAGUGGUGCGAUCCUUGGCAGCUGUGCUGCAGCAUGCCGCCUCUUUGAGGCAUGAGAGCACGCAUAGUCUUGCCUUGAGCCUGCAUGUUCUUCGAAACGUGGCCGCCAACUACCAAGAGGUGAUGGACACCAGCGCCGACACUCUUCGGGAUUGCUUUCAGCUGCUUUUCGAGAAGGACCAGGACGGGUGUUGUGACGGCAAUUUGCAGGGAAGACAGAGCACGGACUCGGUCUGCUCCAAGAGCGCGGAAACGGGGAACCCUCAAGAAAGCGAUGAAUGUGCAUCUGCAGAGGCUGGUGCUGACAAGCUAGAGGGCUAUGAUGUGCAAAGCAUCCCAUUUAUCAUGAUGCCGAAGGGGCUGCGUGCCAAAGAUCCGGAUGCACUCAAGGAGGCAGUUCUGGCCAUCUCAAUGCAGAAGGCUCCGCUCGUAACGAUGGAGUUUUUGGUCGUUGCCCUGUGGGCUGCCCGGGCUUUGGAAUGCCACUAUACGCAGGUCCAGCGAGCCCUCUUCCAGUCCCAGGAUGCCUUGCAAAGCUUAAGUAUCUCUGAAGAGGAGAUUCGACAGGAGGUCAUCCGCUUGGCCAGCGACUUGCGAGCAGAGCCGCUAAAGAGACCCACAAGGAUGGCAUUCCUCGGCAUCCAGCUUUAUUUGCUGAUCUGCAGGUCAUCCCAUGCGAGACGACAGUACGCGAUCCUGGAGCUUCCUGUUCUCGAAGCGGAGCGGCGCACCGUGGCCUUUCUGCUGUCCACUUCCACCAGUCAGCACUGCGUCCUGCUUCAGGCCAUGGCGCAGGAUGUUCACAGCUGGCUGCUGUGGCAGUCGCAGGCCUUCGCCAAGCAGGCCCCGAAGCUGCCAAAGGAGGAGACGCGAAAGCGGCGAUCUCAGAAGAGCAGGGCCUCCAGGCCGCAGCUGGAGGAGCCCAAGGCCUCGGAGAACCGUGAGGAGGUGAGCCGAACUCCUGAUGAAGGCAGUCCGUCCCCCCCACGGGUGGGGCUCUUCACCGACGGAGAGGCAGUUUGGAUGGCUCACUCGCUGCUGGUGGCUGCCUUUGCUGUAUGCCUGCUGGUAUACUGGAGCUCCUUGGAGCAUACACCAGCUUCGCAAGUUGCAGCACGAAAUGGUCGGGAGCUCGGCUCUGAUGGCGCUGGCGUUGGUAGGUCCCAAGAAAGAGUAAACCACAUUACACUUGUCCCGCCACGUGCAACCCGUCAAACCGAGCUUCCUCAGUGGUCAUGGAACAUGUCUUUGUCACGUCGUCGCUUGGUGUCAUUUCACGCAGCCGCCAUUGCACAUCUGAGGUCAGCUGGCUGGCUACUUGCUGUACUGGAGGUGAGCAUCCGAAGCACUUUAGGCCAGCCUCGCGCAGUCUUGUCAAAGGGGCCGCGAGUGCAAUUCCACGUUCGUGGAGUCGCACAGGUCUAG